GUUGAGUAUGAAGUUAACUAUGUAUUUCUUAUUAUAUUUCAGGUGAAUUAAGAUGGGACGUGCAAAGCAGACUAAACGUGGAAGGAGACAAGCAAAGAAGUCAAAAAAGGCAGAUGAUGACGAAGUUGAGUUCGUUUGUACUAUCCAAACACAUGAAGAAGAACAUGAAGAGGAACAUGGGCAGCAACAGGAACAGGAAGAGGAACAUGUGGAGGAACGAGAACCGGAAGAGGAACAUGAGGAGGAACAACAACAGGAAGAGGAGCGUCCACCAGAGCAACAUAAUGGCGACGAGCCUGAAGGUGAGAUAGAACAUACUCAAGAGGCUGAAGGUGGAACCUCCCGUAAGAGAAAGCGUGGUCCAACAAUGAUGAGAGACCUAGCCAAAGAUCCAAAUACCAGAGUUCAUGUCGAUUUCACUUUUAUGGGAGAAGCUUAUGGUCCUGGUUCAGUCAAGUUAUCUUCAUAUUUGGGUCCGUUGGUAAGGGAGCACGUGCCUGUUACAGUUGAAAAUUGGAAAAAAAUUACUGAAGAAGUGAAGACAGUGCUUUGGAAAUCAGUCCAGGCAAGGUUUGAACUUGAUGAGGACCACCAAAGGGUUGCAGUUCUUAAGCAGAUGGGAGCCUUGUGGAGAUCAUCCAAGUCACGUCUUGUUACCCAAAUCAAUGAAGCUGAAAAUAACCAACAAAGGAUGAAUCUCAGACCUAAGAAUGUUCAUCCAAUUGAGUGGCGCAAAUUUGUGAAGCUAAAAACAAGCCAAGAAUUCAAGGUUCUGAGUGAUAGCUACAAAGAGAGGAGAAGCAAACAGAUUCCUCACACUUGUAGUAGAAAGGGAAUGGUUAGACUAGCAGAAGAGAUGAAAAAUAGUUCUGAAGACAAAUCUGAAGUGUCGAGACUUAAAGUCUGGGUGAGGUCACGUACAAGAAAAGAUGGAACUCCCAUCAACACAAAUGCUGCCGAGAAGAUUCAAAAGGCAGCUGAGAUUGUUAAGGGUGGUAGUCAGAGUGGAAAAAAUCUGGAUGAAGAUACGCUCAUCCAGGUCUUAGGACCUGAUAAUCCUGGUCGUAUGAGAGCAAUGGGGAGGAUAAUUAGUAAGACGAAAUUAGCUUGCUUCAAUGUCAACCAGAAGUCAAUUUCUGAAAUGCAACAGACACAAAUUCAUCUUAUGCAAAAGGUUAAUGAACUACAGUCUGAACUUGCGAAAGUAAAAAACCAGAGAUGACAAUGAAGUGGGGGAAAACUCGGCUGCAAGAAGUGUGAACAAGAUACCACAAAAGAAGUGUCUUCUCAUUGACUGGGCUGAUGAAGAUGGAAACGUUGCUGAGGGUCGUAUCAUUUCUUC